UUGCGUGUGUGUGCACGCGCGUGCGUGCGUGCGUUUGUGUUUAUGUGGUCCUUGUUGACCGAAUAGUUGAUCUAUCGACCAUUCGCGAGGCUCCUUGCGUCCGCUCGCACCAGUCUCCAACCCUCGCCUCGAGACGGCAGCAGCGGGGUUUUAUAUCGCGAGCGGUCAGGUAGAGGCAGUCGGCGGGAACAGUCGUGAUUGCCUUCACACACACACACACACACACACGCACACGCACACGCACACCAAGCCAUGCCUCGUCGCGAGCUGUCGGCGGAGGGGAACUGAACGUCAGACUCGUGGACCGCCUCCCUUCCCUCCUUUCACUCGUGGACCAUCCCGCACACACACACAGCCUCAAAUGACCCGCUGACGGCUCCCCGCUCGCGCGCGCCCGGACCAUGGCAUGCGGCUCCCCUCGCGCCUCCUCCACACGUGCUGAUCAUGGGGCUCCGCUCCAGGAACGUCGCCAAUGGGUCCGAGGACAAGAGGUCCGACCUGGACCCCCACGCGGCGGACGGCACCCUGCUGCUCGUGUCCGCGGCGUCGGGUCGCGAGGACUUCAAGAGGGGCGCGAGCCAGGGCAUCGGGCUGCUGGCCAAGACCCCGCUGGGCUACACGCGCCCCGUCAAGAGGAAUAACGUCCGCCUGAGGAAGAUCCAGAACCUGAUCUACGACGUGCUGGAGAGACCGCGGGGCUGGGCGCUGCUGUACCACGCGUUCGUGUUCCUGAUCGUCUUGGGAUGUCUGAUCCUGGCCAUCCUCACCACCUUCAAGGAGCACGAGACGGUGUCGGCCCAGUGGCUGCUCAUCCUGGAGACCUUCACCAUCUUCAUCUUCGGGGCCGAGUUCGGACUGAGGAUCUGGGCGGCAGGAUGCUGCUGCCGCUACAAGGGCUGGAGAGGACGGCUCAAGUUCGCACGCAAGCCCCUGUGCAUUCUGGACAUCUUUGUGCUGAUUGCCUCUGUGCCGGUGGUGGCGGUGCGUAACCAAGGCAACGUGCUGGCCACGUCGCUACGCAGCCUGCGCUUCCUGCAGAUCCUGCGCAUGCUCCGCAUGGACCGCCGCGGGGGCACCUGGAAGCUGCUAGGCUCGGCCAUCUACGCUCACAGCAAGGAGCUCAUCACAGCCUGGUACAUCGGCUUCCUGUCCCUGAUCCUGGCCUCCUUCCUCGUGUACCUGGUGGAGAAGGACGACGGCACCAUGGAAGUGUCCGACCCCGACAACCCCACUGGCCAGCCCCAGACCCAGGACUUCGACACCUACGCCGAUGCACUCUGGUGGGGCCUGAUCACGCUGACCACCAUCGGCUACGGAGAUAAGACGCCCAAGACCUGGGCGGGACGUCUGCUGGCCGGAACCUUUGCCCUCAUCGGAGUCUCCUUCUUCGCCUUACCUGCAGGGAUCCUGGGGUCCGGUCUGGCUCUGAAGGUCCAGGAGCAGCACCGGCAGAAGCACUUUGAGAAGCGCCGACACCCGGCCGCCGGCCUCAUCCAGGUAACACCCCGGGGCGUCGCUCGCGGGUGGGGCGGGUGGUCCGUCACCAUGGCAACUCUCCAGCCUUCUGCUGCGGGGCGGCUGGUCCGUCACCAUGGCAACCCUCCAGCCUCCCUCUACGGGGCGGGUGGUCCGUCACCUAAGCCCGGUUUACUGGAGCGUGUGCGUCUCCCCAACGCGCGGGCCUCCAUCAGCGGGGCACGGCGGUCCCUCCCCUCCGGUAACCCGGGCAAGCCGACCUGCAUCGAGGAGAGCCCCUCCAAGGAGCCCAAGCCCGCGGGCUUCAGCGGCCGCGAGCGCUUCAGGACCGCCUUCCGCAUGAAGGCCUACGCCCUGCGGCAGAACUCCGAGGAUGGUGUUGUGCUGGCCGAUCCGUCGAUGGAGGAGAGGGGCUUCCCCCCCGAUGUCCUGAUGGAGGACAUGAUCCCGACCCUCAAGCUGGUCAUCAGAGCCGUGAGGAUCAUGAGGUUCCUGCUGAACAAGAAGCGCUUCAAGGAGACGCUGCGGCCGUACGACGUGAAGGACGUGAUCGAGCAGUACUCGGCCGGACACCUGGACAUGCUCUGCAGGAUCAAGUAUCUGCAGACCAGAAUAGACCUGAUCCUGGCUCCUGGAGCUCUCCUCACUCCCAAACACAAAAAAACCCAGAAGCCCCCUUUCUCCUUCCCCUCAAACCAGUCGCCCAGACAUGACUCCUACCUGGCCAAGGAGCAGGAGCCUGAGGACCAAAGCAUGAUGGGUAGAUUCAUCCGGGUGGAGCGACAGGUGGAGGACAUGGAGAAGAAGCUGGACUUCCUGGUGGACAUGCACAUCCAGCACAGCGAGCACCUGAUGGUGGACUCGGCCGGCUCCGCCCGCAUGACCCUCGACCCCUGCGUGGUCGCCGCGGGGACCGUGCGAGGCCCCGCCUUCUACGGCCUCUCGGACGCCUUCCCCGCCCCUCCCCCCCACGCCGGGCGCCACGCCUAUCGGUUUCCCGUCGGCAAGGUCAACCCCUACGUCCUCGCCUUCAGCAAGGAGGGGGCCGCCAGGGCAGGCGGGGGGGACGCGGAGGGGGGGGCAGGGGCCCCGCCCCGCUGGACCCGCUGGGGGCGUGGCCCGUCAGGACCCCGGGGGGCGGGGUCAACCGGGGGGGACGGCGGCGACGACGACGGCGGCGGGGACACGCCCCUCUCUAUGCUGUCCGUCAACCACGAGGAGCUGGAGCGCACGCUGAGCGGCUUCAGCAUCUCCGGAGAGCGGGAAGAGGAGGAGGAGGAGGAGGAGGAGGGGGGCGGCGUGGGAGGGCGGAGGCAGGGCGGGGCCGGUGGGAGGAGCUACGGGGGGCGGGGCCGGCCGAGCAACUUGGCGGAGGCAGAGACGGACACGGACAGCGACCCGUUCACGCCCAGCGGCGCCGGGCCCCUCCCUUUCUCUUCCACGGGGGAGGGGCUUCCGGACACUGUGUGGAACUCACCGCCAUGAGGCUCCGCCCCCUCACCCUCAGCCACACAGGCCGCACCCUCUCUUCAGCUCCUUGACUGUAACCCCAGCCUCUGAUUGGCAUGCUUGGGAACCCCAAUGCGCUCUGGACCAAUGGUAGGCCAGAGCGCACAAAGAGGAGGAGCCAGCGUCUCAUCUUUGUUACAUCCAUGAGAGAGAGAGAGAGAGAGAGAGAGAGAGAGAGAGAGAGAG